AUGGCUAGGGCACCGCUCAGCAUCAUUCUCAAAUCAACCUCGUCGCACGCGAUCGUCCUCUUCCUCUUCAUCGUCCUCCUCCAUCUCGCCCUGCCUUCCUCCGCGCAGCAGCCAGAGCUCGCCGCCGUGCCGCCUUCCCCCGCGCCGCAGCCGGAGGGCGACGCGCUCCUCAAAUUCAAGGCGUCCGUCGCCAACAGCGCCGCCGCGCUCUCCAAUUGGACCGCCGACGUGCCGCCGUGCGCCGGCAGCGCCGCGAAUUGGAUCGGCGUCCUGUGCGAGAACGGCACCGUCGGCGGCCUCCAGCUCCACGGCAUGAGCCUGGAGGGGGCGAUCGACGUCGACGCGCUCGCGCUGCUGCCUAAUCUGAAGGUCCUCGUCUUCUCCCGCAACGGAUUCGGCGGUCCCCUGCCUAAUCUGGCGCUCCUCCCCAGCGCGAGAGCGAUUUAUCUCUCCAAUAAUAAGAUGUCCGGCGCGAUCGCGGCGAACGCGUUUGUUGGAAUGUCGGCGUUGGCGCUGCUUGAUUUGGAUAACAACCGAUUCUCCGGCGAGAUUCCGACGUCUCUGGCCGGUCUCCCGGCGCUGCAGGAGCUGAUGCUGCAGAACAAUCGGUUCAAAGGCGGAUUGCCGCAGUUCCGAGAUGGUCAAUUGAAGAACUUCAGCGUCGCCAACAACGGCCUCACCGGAGAAAUCCCUACCGGCCUCAGCCAUUUCGAUACUUCUGCUUUUGCAGGUAACAAGAAUUUAUGUGGGAAACCACUAUUACUAUGCCCGGACCACCCGUUGCGGCUUUCCGUUGUUACAGUAGUAAUGAUGGCAAUCGUGGUCGUGGCGGCGUGGGCGGCCCUAGUAGCGGUGAUACCCAUCCUCUGCCGGGCCCGCCGUCGUCGCCGCGCCCUAAUGCAGGACCCUGACGAGCUUGCUCGAGCGGCGGCCCUGGUCCCGGGUCCGGACCCGGAGAGAAUGGAGCGCGGCGAGUGUCGAGGGCAUUGCCUGUUUUCGGCCCCCGCCGCGCGUAAAUCGGAGGGCAACGUCGUGCGGAUGACGUUCCUCCGAGAGGACCGGGACACGUUCGACAUGACGGACUUGCUAAAGGCGUCGGCGGAGAUCCUCGGGAGCGGCGUCUUCGGGUCGACCUACAAGGCCGCCCUGACGGAGCGGCAGAGCGUGGUGGUGAAGCGCUACCGCCACAUGAGCAACGUGAGCCGGGACGACUUCCAGGAGCACAUGCGGCGGCUCGGCGGCCUCCGCCACCCGAACGUCGUCCCGCUCGUCGCCUACUACUACCGCCGCGAGGAGAAGCUCCUCGUCUAUGACUACGUCGACAAGACCAGCCUCGCCGCCCUCCUCCACGCCAACCGCUCCCGCUCCCGCCCCGGCCGGAAAAUCCCCGACUGGCCCACGCGCCUCCGCAUCGCGAAGGGCAUCGCCCGGGGGCUGCUCUACCUCCACGACGAGCUCCCCAUCCUCACCGCCGCCCACGGCCACCUGAAAUCGUCCAACGUCAUCAUCGACGGCGCCAACGCGCCGUGGCUGACGGACUACGGGCUCGCCCCGGUGGUGAACCAGGAGCACGCCGAGCAGCACAUGAUCUCGUACAGGUCGCCGGAGUACAAGCGCUCCGGCCGGAUCACGAGGAAGACGGACGUGUGGAGCUUGGGGAUCCUCAUCCUCGAGAUCCUCACGGGGCGGUUUCCGGCGGCGUUCAUCAAGCAGAGGAGGGACGGGCCGGACGCCGACGCGGCGGCGUGGGUGGCGGCGGUGGCGAACGACGAGGCCGGCGGCGUCGACGUGUUCGACGCGGGGAUGGGGAGGGGAGGAGGGUGCGAGGGGGAGAUGGCGAAGCUGUUGAGAAUAGGGUUGGAGUGUUGUAAGGCGGAUGUGGAGGAGCGGCCGGAUAUUAAGGAGGCGGCGCGGCUGAUUGAGGAGGUGAGGGAGAGAGAAGCUGUUUGA